UUUGAAAAGGGGUGCUUUCCGGACGAAUGGUCUGAAGCUAUCAUUGUUCCUGUAUAUAAGAAAGGUUCUAUUAACGAUGUACAAAAUUAUCGAGGUAUUUCGUUGGUCAGUUGUUUGUCUAAGAUAUUUACAUGUAUUUUGAAUAAUAGAUUG